CAGUAAGACCGCCCUGUCAGUAGUGGGCGUUAGACUUUCAUAAAAGCUUUCUCGUAGUACUGUUUAAUUUGUAGUUGGGUGUAAGACCUUUCAUAACAUUGACAACAAGACAAACUGAGCGACACUAAAAAAAUUACAUCACCUCAAAAAUGGUUAAUCUUGGCAUUACCAGAGUGGACGACGCAGUGGCAGCAAAGCAUCCCGGGCUACAGAGUUAUGCUGCCUGUCAAUCUCAUGCGUUUAUGAAAGGAACUGGGACCUUUAUUUUAGGUGCAACUGGCCUCUUUGCUGCCCAGAAAGCUCUUAAGACAAAACUUCCUUAUCCUCUUCAGUGGAACCUGCUGAUUUCAGUAGUCUUGUCAUCCAUUGGUAGUUAUACAGUGACACGCUGGGAAACACAGAAAUGUUCAGAUCUCUGGCUGCUUCUCGAAACGGGAAAAGUUCCGGACAGAUCACUAUCACAGGUGGCAAAACCAGAGGAUUCAGCACCCUCUAGUACCACAAAAUAUGGGGAUGUGAUGGACUAAAACAUUGUUAUUUGAGAAUAUGUUUUUGCGUGCAUAAAUGUGUAAAGUAAAAACAAAAAUAUUG